GAGGGAUGCCAGUGCGGGGAAACCACACUGAGCCCUGCCAGCGUGCCACGGCUUCUGCCAUUGUUGCCCAUCCUCAGGGGGUUACUGCCUGACACUGGGGUCUUCCCAGGUGAUGCCAUCCACAUCUCUGUCACCUUCCAUGCUGAGGUUUGUCAGCGUCUGUCCAGGCAGUUGAUAAACAGAACGGAGCCUAGUUAAGACACUCGUAAUCCUCAGCCGGGCCCCUGCCAACUCACAUCCACCCUGUCUCCCCCUGCAUUUCCUCUGCCAGCUCCGCCCCCUCAGCUACAGGGACAGGAAACCCCAGGAGCAGCAGCAGCAGGAAAAGAGUGUCUGGUCCAGCCCUUUGAGGCAGGGCCUAGGUUUUCAGGCUAAAACUGGAAGGCAAGGAGGACCUGGGGUGGGCCACAGAAGGUCCUUCAAAUACACAUCUAUGACCCCAGCAGGCCUGAGGCCUAGCCAGCAUCCAAUGGAGGACAAGAAGAAGAAAAGGAGUCCCAAGCCCUGCCUGACCCAGCCAGCCCAGCCCCCAGGCACACUACGCAGGGUCCCAGUGCCCACCAGCCACAGCGGCUCCUUGGCCCUGGGACUCCCUCAUCUGCCAUCCCCUAAGCAGCGGGCCAAGUUCAAGAGGGUCGGCAAGGAGAAAUGCCGCCCAGUGCUGGCAGGAGGUGGGGGUGGCUCUGCAGGCACCCCCCUGCAGCACUCGUUCCUGACGGAGGUGACCGACGUCUAUGAGAUGGAAGGCGGGCUGCUGAACCUGCUCAAUGAUUUCCACUCAGGCCGGCUGCAGGCCUUCGGGAAAGAAUGCUCCUUUGAGCAGUUGGAACACGUGCGGGAGAUGCAGGAGAAGCUGGCCCGGCUGCACUUCAGCCUGGACGUGUGUGGAGAGGAGGAGGAGGAGGAGGAGGAGGAGGAGGACGGGGUCACUGAGGGGCUACCUGAGGAGCAGAAGAAGACGAUGGCUGACCGCAACCUGGACCAGCUGCUCAGCAAUGGGACUUGACAGUGUGUGAGUGUGUGCACGCCUCCCAGAGAUAAAAUCAGCUUCGGCCUCCCCACCACCCUGCAGGAAUCUUUACAGAUAACCAACAUCCUCACCCCUCUCAGUCCUACAGAAUUAGCCACGAACUCCCCCUACCCAGGUAGAGGGUGCAGAAAGAAUUCCCCAAAUAUUAGGAGAAAGAAAGGUGGUUGCAGGGAAUAUGUUUUACUUGCUUAUCAAAAUCUUUGCAAGUACUUUAGCUGACACCAAUCCAUGGCAAAGCUUGUCUGAUGUCUUCCUAUUCUUUCAGCACUGAACAAUUCUUUUUACUGACUUAAAUUAUCUCCGCAUCUAGUUCUAUCAGAAGUAGUGCGGGUGCACGCUCCUGCAUGAUCUAAACCGAAAGCGAAGGGGGUAAGGCACCUAGCAAGAAGGGCAGGCGAGGACUGCAACCCCAGAUCACGGAGCACUCCAGAGUCCCUGGCCCCCACCCCUUUGCGCAGUCGGGGAAACUGAGCCUGUGCAGGUUGGGAAAAUAGGGCUGCAAGGACCCGGGUCCAGAGCAUCACAAUCCUUG